AUGUGGAAUAGGGCUUUUGUCAUUAUAAUUUUUGAUGCCAUCUCUUGUGAAUCAUGUAAAGCGUUUUUCCGAAGAAAUGCUCCAAAGGGUUUGGAUUACUUCAAAUGUCCAUAUGAAGAAAAAUGCAAAAUGGAUGUAUCAAACAGGCGGUUUUGUAAAAAAUGCCGGCUACGAAAAUGUUUUGAAAUAGGAAUGAGAAAAGAAUACAUUCUGACAGAAGAAGAAAAAUUGCGAAAACGACAAAGGAUUGAAGAAAAUAGAAAAAUACGAGAAAUAGAGAAACAAAAAAUGCAGUCAGGUGAUGUGAGCACGACACAGAACCGCCUUCGGAUGUUGGAACAAGAUGAGCUUUCCAUGAUUAGUGAAGUGAUCGGAGCGUAUCGGCAAUCACUAGAAAUUUCUGUAGAAUCAUCAUAUUCCCGUAACAACCCGUCCGUGAUAGACCUGGUGAACAUUGCUGAGCUCAGUGUGAGGCGAGUGAUCGACAUGGCAAAGAAGAUAAAGUCAUUUAAGGCUCUUUCUCAGAGUGACCAAAUCAGCCUCCUGAAAGGUGGCAGUAUUGAGUUGCUCAUCAUCCGAUCGGUGAUCAACUUUGACAGGGACAAACAGCAAUUCUUGGAUCCAUUUGACAAAGAUUCUAAUGCCAUGACAACAGAGCAGCUGAAACUUGGUGAAGGAACGCUAUUUGAUGAUCACAUGAAAUUUGUGAAAUCGUUAGCGGUAGAUUUACGGGCAGAUGAAACUGUGUUGAUUAUCCUCCUUGUAAUUUCAUUGUUUUCUCCUGAUCGCCCUAAUGUCAUAGACAAAAGCUAUGUGUGGAGAGAACAGGACAAAUAUGCUCUACUCUUACAACAUUACUUGGAGUCUAAGUUUCCCUAUCAUCUAGCCCAUAUUAUGUAUCCUAAACUGCUCAUGAAACUUGUUGAAAUUCGGAAUCUAAAUGAGGAGCAUUCACAAGUGCUACUCAAGGUGAACCCUGAAGGUAUACAACCCCUUAUGAAGGAGGUGCUAGACCUGAAUUUGCCCAAAACAAAUAACAAAUAG